AUUACUCCCCAUGUUUCAUCCCCUUCUGUACGGCACAACAUGACAUCAAGUGCAGGCUCGGUGGAAAUGAAAUGCGGGACAAAGAAAUUUUCAUUUAACCCUAAGGAGGGAAUAGACAACCCACUGAUGGUCAUCACAGAAGAGUCCACACCGAGACCACAUCUCUGUGUUCUUAAAAAGGAGGAAGGGGAGACCUACGGAUUUCACCUGAGAGUAGAAUGGGUGAAACAAGGUCACAUUAUCCGAAAUGUGGUUUCUGGAGGCGUUGCGGGGCGUUGCGGCCUUGAAGAUGGAGACAGGCUUCUUGAGGUCAACAAUGUCUAUGUAGAGGAUGCUCCUCACCAGGAGGUGGCCAGGAGAAUAAAGCGAAGUGGACAUCACCUAUGCUUAUUGGUUCUUGAUGACGAGGCGUAUGAGAAAGCAGUCUCCAAGGGGCAGGACCUUCGCGAUCUUGUCAAAGCAUAUAAGAGUGAACAUUUGAAACCACCACGACUGUGUCACAUCACCAGAGAUCCGAACUUGGGUCUGGGCAUCAACUUCACACCUAUUGGAGCUGAAAAGGGUUGCUUCUCAGUCAACCCGGUACCUGGAGGGGCGGCCGAAAAGGCUGGCGUACAUAAGGGGGAUCGCCUGGUGUGGAUGAAUGGAGCCGUGGUUUCAGAUCUCACGCACUCUGCACUCAGCAAAAUGAUGAAAAAAUGUGGCAAAUACAUCACCAUCCUAGUGAUUGACAGCGAGAGCGAGAAGAAAUACACUCAACUAAGGAUGCCCAUACUCCCUACUAUGGCGGUCCCACACAACUUGCCCUAUAGGUCGAGAAAACUAGAUUUGGAUUUGGCACCUGAGGGCUACGGUUUCCUCCUUCACUUUGAGAAGGCCCCAUCAGGACGUACAGCUCAUGUGUUGCGGAAGGUGGGCACUGGCAGUCCCGCGGAGAGGGCCGGGGUGCGGGACGGCGACGUGCUGCUGGAGGUCAAUGGAGAGUCUGUGGAGUUGCUGCAGCAUGAUGAGAUUGUGACGAGAGUGAGAGAGAGUGGCCGACAUAUCUCACUUACCACGAUUAUUCAGCAGGGCCAUGAAUUUUACACACAGUUAGGUCUGUCCCCUCUCCUCUUCUGGGAGGACGAUGCUAUUAAGAUGGAAAACAGUGAGCCGGUCUGUGCAUCAGAACAUUGCCAACAAAAUCAUAGAGUAGGUUCAUCCAAGCCCAGACUGUGUUCUCUUCAAAAAGGCCCCUCGGGGUUUGGCUUCAACCUUGGCUCUAUACCGCAGUGUCCCGGAACCUUCGUCAGUCAAGUGGCCCCAGGGAGCCCGGGGAAGAAAGCAGGACUACUAAUGGGUGAUAUAGUGAUUGAAGUUAAUGGGCAAAAUGUGGAGCACCAAUACCUGGAAGACGUGAUCAAGCUUGUGAAGGAAGCCGGACCAUGUCUUUCCUUACUCGUCAAGGAGAAGGAGAGCUACGACAACUUGAAAAAGACCGACACGCUUGAGAUCACCGACAGUGAGGGAGAAGAAACAGAGGUUUCACGCUUGUGAAAUGACUCAAACAGUCUUGACAACACUCCAUGCUGUACUCCUUCUCCGUCUGAUGGGACUUCAAACUGUACCUUAACUCUAUUAUUUCAAUACUGUUCAAAUUACCGGGAUGGUCCACUUGAAGGAUUUACAUCCAAUGCGCAUAAAAGAUACAAAUAUUUUGUCAAUGAUUUCCACUCGGUUCAAUUCUGUAGGCAUUAAAAGACCAUCACCUUUCUGAACGUGUGUUCAUAGUAGAAUAUAUAUAUUGAUAAAGAUCAACAUGCAUACACACCACAGACAUCAAUAGAAGUGUCAAAAGUUAAAAAAAAGGAAAUGUGUGAUUAUUUGUACAACAAUUAAAGUGCGUUCAUGAAAUCAAUCUCCAGUGUGUAGAAACGUCACAUUCAAAAUAUCUUUAAAACUAACUAACUUAGCCCUGAUUGAUAGUGAUGACUUUACUCGCCAAUGGAUAACCGAAGGCCUAUAUUCCCCAUAGAUACUAAAUGAGCAGUAGCGGGAAGUGUACUGAAGUAGAUUUUUCACGUCUCUGUACUUGUGUAUUUCAUUUGUCAUUUUAACGCCUUAUUUGAAAACCUAUCUGUACUUUUGACACAGUUGGCAGAGUGAUACUAUGCAGCAGUCGUAUCGCCGCCAACUACUAGUUCCAGGAUCAACAAACUCAUAAUAUAUUGCUAUAAUGACAGGGGAAUCACUAACUACACGUGACCUGUCUCGUCUGUCAGAAGUAAAGACUUUAUUUGCAAAGCAACAAAGGAUCAAAUGAACACAGUUUAUGUAACCAACAAGUCUCUUGUAGCAACACACGGUGUAACUAUUUGAGAGCACUGACUGUAUGUGUUGUGUAUUCAGUAUUCCUAAAUAUAGUGAUGCUUUUUUUUUUUGUUG